UUCCACGUCGGCUCUCUCUGUGUGGCCGAUGUUGGGUUUCUCCGGAGGACCAGUCAAUGUGUUUUGGGCUGUCUGGUGAUGGUGACUGAGAGCUGGCAGCAGCACCGCAUGCUGAAGGCUGACUGUGCGCGUUGUGGAUGCUGGAAACAACCUCCACGGUGGGCAAGGAAGCUGCUCCUGCCAGGGCUCUGUGCCGAUCCCUGGUUUGCGGAAGUAGGCUCGGUUACUAGGGGCAGGCCCCGUCUCCAUGGUGACGGGCGGCUGAAAAGGUUCUGAAGAACCAAAAGGAGCAAGAAAUGCGUCCGUGAGGGGGAGACGGGGCAAGAGGGCGACAUACCUAACAGAUCCAUUGCAGACCCCAUCAAGGACACAGUUUGGGACAAAUAAAUCCGAGAGACAAGAUCGGGGAGGGGAGUAACAGGGCGGGAUUUAAAAAAAAACCUGCUGAAGGAGCUACCGCGGCAGUUGUGAACUGGUGAAUCUUCAGAGCUGAGACCCUCCACCCCAAACAUUGGCAUAAAUGCCGAGUAACAGAACCAGAAUUGAACACAGUAGGAUGCAGAAGGUGCAGCAGAUUUUGUCAGAAUUUCACCUUGAGAAAGAGGAGCUACUGGAAGUGAUGCGGAGAAUACAGCAGGAAAUGGAGAAGGGCCUGCGGCUUGAAACUCAUAAAACAGCCAGUGUCAAGAUGCUGCCCACUUACGUACGUUCAACACCAGAUGGCUCAGAGGUGGGAGAUUUCCUGGCUCUGGAUCUGGGAGGCACAAAUUUCCGUGUGAUGCUAGUGAAAGUCGCUGAAGAUGAGAACCAGAGUUGGAAAAUUACAACCAGUAACCAGAGGUACUCCAUUCCAAUUGCUGUCAUGACUGGCACAGCAGAAAUGCUUUUUGAUUACAUUGCAUUGUGUAUCUCCAACUUCCUGGAUGAACACAACAUGAAGGACAAGAAGCUGCCACUGGGAUUCACAUUCUCAUUCCCUGUCCGUCAUGAGGAUAUUGACAAGGGGAUCCUUCUGAACUGGACUAAAGGAUUUAAAGCAUCUGGAGCUGAGGGGAACAAUGUGGUCGGGUUGCUUCGUGAUGCGAUUAAGAGGCGAGGGGAUUUUGAAAUGGAUGUGGUCGCCAUGGUGAAUGACACUGUUGCAACAAUGAUCUCCUGUUAUUAUGAAGACCACAGUUGUGAGGUUGGAAUGAUUGUAGGCACUGGCUGUAAUGCCUGUUACAUGGAGGAACUGAAAAAUGUGGAAUUAGUGGAAGGAGAAGAAGGAAGGAUGUGUGUGAAUACUGAAUGGGGGGGUUUUGGAGACACGGGUGAGCUCGAGGAGUUCCGUCUUGAAUACGACUGUAUUGUCGAUGAGAUGUCUAACAAUCCAGGUUAUCACCUAUAUGAAAAGAUUAUUGGUGGAAAGUACAUGGGUGAGCUAACACGACUUGUGCUUCUGAAACUGGUAAAUCAAAACCUGCUCUUCAAUGGAGAGGCAUCCCAGCUGCUGGAAACACCAGGCAGCUUUGAAACAAGUUUCCUGUCACAAAUAGAAAGUGACACAGGGGACCAGAAGCAGAUCUAUAAUGUUCUGACAAAACUAGGUGUGUUGCCAUCCAAAGCCGACUGUGAUAUUGUCCAUUUGGUAUGUGAGAGCAUUUCAACACGUGCAGCACAUAUAUGUGCUGCUGGUUUGGCAGGUGUUAUAAAUCGAAUGUGGGAGAACAAACACAAACAAACAAUGAAGAUUACAGUAGGAAUUGAUGGAUCCGUUUACAAGUUACAUCCUCACUUUAAACAUAGGUUUCAGAAAAUGGUUAAAGAACUUGCUCCUCCCUGUGACAUCACUUUUCUACAGUCGAAUGAAGGCAGUGGUCGAGGUGCAGCAUUAAUCUCUGCAGUAGCAAGCAAGAUGGCCAGCUGAUUGACUGUUAACUUUGGAAAUCAAUAAAUUAACCGAAGUUAAAUGAUAAAUUGCAGAAUCCCUUUGGCCAUUUCUGCAGUUCUUUCUGAUGAACUGAAGAUUCUGCCUUCUAUAUGGAUUGCUGGUGAAAAUACUUCAGUCAGCCCGAUACGAUAAAAGCAUGGUAUGUAAUAUCUCUUGGAAAACUCGUGAUAUGCUGCAAGUGGCAAACCCAAGCCCUUGUUUCGAAAUCUGUUUCAACAUGCUGGUCACUCAUCAGUCAGAUCUGUCUUGCCAGCUUCUAGGUAAGUUUAGUGUUCUGGACCAAGUCCACCUCCCUGACUGUCGUCCUGGUGUGCAGCAAUGUUUUCACCAACCUGAAGCAUAACUUCAAGAAGAAGACUUCAAUUUGUGUUGAAAAUCACUUUCUUUUUCACUAAACUGAAGCAAUGUAUGUUAGAUUUGUGCCUAAGAUGAAAUUUGAAUGAUUGCUACCUGUUGACUGAUGCGGGUCAAUUUCUUGAACUUUGACUUUCUUGUUGUUCUUUGUUAUUUUUUUUCUUGUUACUUGCCCAAGUUGUGGAGUUCCAGUCUUGACCCUUUGUAGAAUGAUUUCAAUGUCAAGAGGUUACAGGCCUUUACAAUGUCAGAAACUACAUAAUAUCAAUCUUCCUAAUAGUUAAUGUUAUAAAGUGUUAAUUUUCUUGUGAAUUUAUCAAUUAUUAAUCCUGUGGCAAGGUAUGAGUCUCUGUAUAAAAGAAAAUAAUUGUUUUCAGAAGUCCAAUAAAAAGCAUGUUGUGCAAAGUUUUAUGACAAUGAAUUCUGUUGAGAAAUUAACCAUAGGAGUGAACAUUUUUUCCCUAAAGCCUGACCUUAUUGUUGCAGUGUUGGUUGCUCGAUGACCACAUAUACCUUUGGAAGUCAUGUUUGAGUUGAACUUGCAAUCAUACUUGAGUUGAUGACGUUGGUAGAUAUUUUUAAUCAAACUGUUCAGACAUGUUGUAACAGAGUUCUGGAACAGGUGGGACUUGAAGCCAGGUUUUUUUUUCACCCAGAGGUCGAGAUACAACCACUGUGCCACAUAUCCUGAAUGAAAGGAGCUGCUCUCACCUCCUGACUAUGUUAUAUUUUAAAGGUAAUUUCUCAGCGGAAUCAAACUUAACUAUGGCAACUAUUCAGAAAGUUGCUGCAGAGUUCAUCACCUCAAUGAAUUCAUUCACUGGAGCAGUUAGCAGCUAACCGUAGUUAAUUGUUCUUAAAAAAAAGUCAAUCUACGGAGUAAAAACUCACUACUUUCAGGGAAGUCAUGCAGAAUAAACAUUUAAUGUCAAAUUAUUUUUCUUGACUUCUUUUCAUAUUCCAGCAGUUUUGAUAAAAUUGAAGAAUUUGUCUGAAGCUGGAUUGUUCUGACUUUUAUUGUUCAGACAUCCAUUUAAUUAAUAUUCAGUACAUGAUGUUACCACAACUAAAAUGUAUUUUUAAUCUUCAUUUUAAUUCCUGUUGAUACAAACCAUUUGUAAUUAGCAAUCUCAGAUGAGUACAGUUGAGAAUAUUCCUUGCUAUAUUUUGUAAUGACUGUAACACUUGCAUCGCUCUGCACGAUGAUAACCAAAGAGUAUAAAUAUGGUGUAAUUCAUUAUACCUUUUAAAACAUAAUGAUGAGUGAAGUACAAAAAAAAAUACUG